UGUGCAGUCCUCAGGGACUUUGGGCUCCGGCCCAGUGCAUGCACCAAGGGAGCCUGGGCUAGCAGGCCACGGCGGGAGCAGGUCUAGGAAGGAAGACUUCUUGGGAUUCGAAGGGAACGCGGUCACCGCGUCGCCUAGGAUUCCAGAGGCGUCCAGAGUCCGAAGUUGGCCGGCUCAGAAAGGAGAUUUAAAGGUCUGACCUACGAGAAACAUGGCCACCAGCGCCGUCCCCAGUGACAACCUCCCCACGUACAAGCUGGUGGUGGUGGGCGACGGGGGUGUGGGCAAGAGUGCCCUCACCAUCCAGUUUUUCCAGAAGAUCUUUGUGCCCGACUACGACCCCACCAUCGAAGACUCCUACCUGAAGCACACAGAGAUUGACAACCAGUGGGCCAUUUUGGACGUUCUGGACACGGCCGGGCAGGAGGAGUUCAGCGCCAUGCGGGAGCAGUACAUGCGGACGGGCGACGGCUUCCUCAUCGUCUACUCAGUCACUGACAAGGCCAGCUUCGAGCACGUGGACCGCUUCCACCAGCUCAUCCUCCGAGUCAAGGACAGGGAGUCGUUCCCCAUGAUCCUCGUGGCCAACAAGGUCGACUUGAUGCAUUUGAGGAAGAUCACCAGGGAGCAAGGAAAAGAAAUGGCGGCCAAACACAAUAUCCCGUACAUAGAGACCAGUGCCAAGGACCCCCCUCUCAAUGUUGACAAAGCCUUCCACGACCUGGUCAGAGUCAUCAGGCAGCAGAUUCCUGAGAAAAGCCAGAAGAAGAAGAAGAAAACCAAAUGGCGGGGAGACCGGACCACUGGCACCCACAAACUGCAGUGUGUGAUACUGUGAUGGGCCUGACGUCCAGGGCACGGUGACCAGGAACUGGCCGGUCUUCGGGAGCCCUCCACUGCCUAACGACACUGAAAACCAUUUCUAACCACGACCCUCUGCCCAGGGACUCGGCACGGGAAGGGAGAGUGGGAGGGUGAGCAGGGAGGAGAUGGGGUCUGGCUCGGCCUCUCUCACAGAAACAAGGCAGCGAGCGACACACCGACAGACUCGCCAUCCAAGCCCCUCCCUCCGGUGUGAUUCACCCCUCCCGGCCCCUCUCCCAGUGGGUGUGUGGUUGCUUUUAUCUGCAGCGCGUCAUUUUCACGGGCAGGUGUCCUUGCACGUGCAGGUACAGGUACAAAUCAAGCCAUGAGCAAACUCUCCCCCUGGCCUCCCCAGUCAACGGUGUUGAAGCUUGGAUGUCUUAGCUAGAUUUGAAAAAUGAAUUUAGUGAUUAUUAUUUUAUUAAAGGGGCCUGGUUUCGUCUUCAGAAGGCCCCUCUGAUGACUUCUCUGGAAGGUUUGUGUUUUGGUGGUUUUUUUGAAACUGAGUUUCCCCAACAGUGUCAAAACUCAACUCAGCCUGAAAGGAUAGUGACUUAGACCACGGAAGCCGAUGGGCAGCACUGCUGGCCGCCCCCGGGCCUGGGUCAGACCUAGGAGGGAAGCAGGCCCCGUGAGUAGCAUACCCGUCGGAGAGAAGAGAGAUGUGUUUACCCAGAGCGCCUUGGUAACGUCGAGCACGCGCAGCUUGGGAAAUGGAAAUGGAUUUUGCUCAGAGGAGAGUCGGGUAUGUCUGUUUGAAAACAGGAAAUGUGGGAGCUGACUGGCUUUGCAAAGGCGUGCAUUCACGCUGCAGACAGCGUGGGUGUACGUGCCGGGGUCCCUGGGCUGCUCCAAGCGGUCCUCAUCACCUGUGCCUCUGUGAUGUCAACAGCCCACAGUUCUCCGUGUCCACGGAAGCUCAUGUAGAUGCCCUCCAGAAAACGUUAGUUCAUGCAGCAUCCUAACCCAAAUGGAUUCCAUGCCACUGAACCAGCACCAUGAAAGACCCAAAGCCACUGGCCCUCUGAGGCAACUGACACCCCCCUGCAAGCCCGGCACACAGGCGGAGCCUCGGCAUGCACACACGCACUGUUAGGUUGCCUUUCUGGCACGCGCCCCUGGGAUCUUGACCCUAAGAUGUGACUGGAGGAGAAAGGAAGCCAGGGUUGAUAGCCUGGCUCCCACGCACCUGUUUCUGCAAGGGCCCAGGGCCCCCGACGACCUGCCGGUGCCCACCGCCCUCUGCCCCAGGAGCUGCUGGUGCGCGCCCAAGACUGGGUUGGCCAGGACCCAGGCGGCCAGAACAGCAGCGUGCCCAAGAGAAUGUCUCGAGAUGGCACAGCUCGUGGCCUCACGUACCAGAUGUUGCCCAUCUGGCCUCCAGGCAGAUGAAGACAUCCCCAGCAGCCAGCCUGGUCCCGCCGUGGAGAAGAGCAAGCACAGAGCCAGGGAGCGCAGAUCCGCACCGACACGCCUGGAUUCCACUCCCACCGCGGAAGUCCAAAGUCCCGAAGUCCCGUAGAGUUGCUCACUCAGCAAAGUCGGCAGCCCGAGGCACGCAGCUGAAGACAGAGGCCCCUGCAGGACGAAACCGUUGGGUGUCUUGUCCUUUGGAGAGAAAACUUCUUAUCUGUCUAAAUAAUUCCCUCAAGGAAAGGGUAACAAAGAACAUUCCAGAUGAGGCACUUCAGAGUUUCCCAGGGUCCUUUAACACGAGUGAGCAUUUUAAACAGGAAACAGACAAACCCUGUGCUCCUGGGGGUGUGAGCAGCUCCACAGAGGCUCCCAGCAGCCCCGAAGAAGGGGCAGGGAGAAGGAUGGAGAUGCUCUGUGUCGAAGUGUGGAGUGGGACAGGAAGCCCUGCUCACAGGGCAGUAUCUGCUGCUAGAAAACAGGUACUGGGCAUGGACCGCCAUCAGCAUCCUCCUACCUAGUGCAGGCUACAGUGCCUUGGCAGCAGUGAGGGAGUGGGAGGAGUCGUUGGAAGUCGACCAGUUGGGCUGGAGUGGGACCUGUAGCCAUGGAGGAAGCAGAAAGGAAGGUAGGAUCAAUAGCCUGGCUCCUGGGCACCAGUGUACAUCAGGGCACAUCCUCCCAACUCCCAGACAGACAAAGCGCUCUGAUGGUCCCUGGCCCCAUCUGCCAGGGCUCUGUCCUGCACACAGCCCGCCGCUGGACUCCACAGUGCCUAGCGGAGAAACUGCCUAAGGGAGGACCUUUUGCAAUGUCCGCGGUCUCGUUUUCCCCAUCGGACAUGAGUAGAGAACACUUAAAAAGACAGGUUGGUUUUAGAGCUGAGGCUGUUGGAUAAGCCAGAGCAUCCCUGUGAGCAUGGCAGGCCUAGCACCUGCUUGGCAUCUUCUCUGCUCUCCUGGUAGAGUCAGCUGGGGGACCAGUUUGUCACAUGACUCCAGGACCGAGGAGCCACUGGGGGCAUCCCGAUGUGCUCCUUGGUUUCCAGGCCCCUGAGUAGUGCCAGCUUGGCAUGCCUGGAGCACCCCAUGCCUUCGACACCGUGUGUUCUCAGACUCCUUCCCACUAGUCCGGCACUCCCUAGGAGCUCCUUCCCCCCAGCAGGAAUCCCAGCCAUCGCCACCUGCCGCAGCCCGGGCCAUGGCCGGGGCUCAUGCUUCCUCUGCACUUGGUCCCAUAGGGCGAUAGGUGGUGGGCUGUUGGUUUCCAACCAACUCGAAUGGUUUGUCACGGGCCUCCGCCCGCCACCUCCCUGCGCUUGCUGUGGAGAGCACGUACUGGGCCCGAAGUGGCCUGUCUCUCUCUGCCAGGAGCUGUGACCACUAACACGUGGCAGCUCGGACCGUCAGGCCCCUGAGACGUGGCCCUGGACAGGCUCUCCCCAUUAGCAGCCCAUGAAGCUUGAAGUCCCGUGUCGGGUUCACUUACAGUGGAAGAUACUUGAAUCGGUGACCGUGAGUGCCCAUGCGCGCCGCGCCGGCUUCCGUUCCCAGCCCUCCCAGACGGCCAUUGUCGCGAGACGGGAGCGGUGCCUGGGGAUCUCGAUGAUGCGCGAGCCUUUCAUGUGCCGUUUUCCUCAGUCUUUGUGUACCUGGACUCAUUAAUAAAGAACAGAGGAACGCUU